AUGUACCAAAAAAGCCUUAUCCUCUCUCUCCUCGCCUCCACCGCGAUGGGAUAUACCUUCCCCCUCCCCUCCUCCAAGGGCAGCACCACCUUCGACGAGCCGUACGAAGUAGCCGAAGGCGAAACCUACGACGGCGGAAUGAAGACCUUUGGCCGGGGCGUGGAAUGUACCGGCCAAAACGAGGGCGGGGAAAGUGACGCCGUCUUCAUCGUCAAGGAAGGAGGAACGCUGAAGAAUGCCAUCAUCGGGUCUGACCAGAUCGAGGGCGUGCAUUGUCAGGGCUCUUGUACGAUUGAGAAUGUCUGGUGGGAGGCUGUUUGUGAGGAUGCUCUCUCCCUCAAAAAGGGAAGUGGUACGUAUAACAUCGUCGGUGGUGGUGCUCAAGGUGCAGAUGACAAGGUCAUUCAGCACAACACCGGUGGAACUGUCAACAUCCAGGACUUUACCGUCUAUGACUUUGGAAAGCUCUAUCGCUCCUGUGGAAACUGCGAUGAAAUGUACGAACGGACUGUGACACUUUCUGGAGUCACGGCUGUCCAGGGCAAGUCUUUGGACACCUGCGCUACCGAUGUCAAGGAUAUCUGUGUCGAGUAUGAAGGCAACGAGACUGGCGAGGAGCCAAGUGAGAUUGGAUCUGGCCCGAGUGAUGCUUGCAAAUACACCGAGCCCCUGUCCGAGUGCUGA